AUGGAUGGAACAAAUCACUCUACAGUGUCAGAAUUUGUGUUCCUCGGAAUCACCAACAUCUGGGAGAUCCAACUUAUCCUCUUUGUGUUUGCUUCCUUCAUUUAUGUGGCAAACAUGAUGGGAAACUCCCUCAUUAUGCUCACUGUGGUUUAUGACCAUCACUUACACUCUCCAAUGUACUUUCUUUUGGCUAACCUCUCCUUCAUUGACAUGGGGCUUUCUUCUGCCACUUCUCCCAAGAUGAUUUAUGACCUUUUCAGAAAACACAAAGUCAUCUCCUUUAAUGGCUGCAUUACUCAAAUAUUCUUCGUCCAUGUAAUUGUUGGUGCAGAGAUGGUGCUGCUCAUCGCCAUGGCCUUUGACAGAUAUGUGGCCAUAUGUAAGCCCCUCCACUACCUGACUAUCAUGAACCCACAAGUAUGCAUCUUAUUUGUAGUGGCUGCAUGGAUGCUUGGCAUUAUCCACUCCGUGGCUCAGUUGGCACUUGUGGUAAAGUUACCCUUCUGUGGUCCCAAUGUGCUGGACAGCUUCUACUGUGACCUUCCUCGGCUGAUCAAACUUGCCUGCACAGACACCUACCAGCUGGAGUUCAUGGUGACAGCAAUCAGUGGUAUCAUCUCUGAUGUCUCCUUCAUCAUACUGCUCAUUUCUUAUGCUGUUAUCAUCCUCACUGUUCACAAGCACUCUUCAGGUGGUUCAUCCAAGGCUCUGUCCACACUUUCAUCUCACAUCACGGUAGUAGUUUUGUUCUUUGGUCCAGUGAUACUUUUCUAUGCAUGGCCAUCUCCCACCAUAAACUUAGACAAAUUUCUGUCCAUCUUUGAUGCUGUUCUCACUCCUUUCCUGAAUCCUAUCAUUUAUACAUUCAGGAAUAAAGAAAUGAAGGUAGCAAUGAAGAGAGUAUGCAGUCGUAUAGGGAAUUUCAGGAAGAUCUCUAAGUGA